AUGCUGCGGGCGGAAGAGGCGGCUCGCGGGCUGAGGCGGCAACACGGCGCGGGUAUCCUUGAGGACCGAGGCUCACGGGACGAGGAAAGCUCGGAGGCGGCACGUGGUGUUUUGAGCAGAAUCAUAGAGAAGAAAAGAGCUUACUUUUUUCACUAUUUCUACCAACACGGCACAUCUAGUUGGAGAGUGAAGUACACUUGA